AUGGGGUCUAGAAUGAACUUUGUUGAUGUUGUGAGUAAUGAAGUAUUUAACCCAAAGCAGCCAAUGAUAGGGACUGGUCUUCCAUUGACCAGACAGAACUCUGUGUUCUCGUUGACUUUUGAUGAGUUUCAGAACUCAUGGGGUGGUGAGAUUGGGAAGGAGUUUGGGUCUAUGAACAUGGACGAGCUCUUGAAGAACAUAUGGACAGCUGAGGAAAGCCACUCAAUAAUGGCCAACAACAUUAAUAGAGAUUUGUCUGUUGGUGGGGGUGGUUUGGAGAGACAAGGGUCAGUUACCUUGCCUCGUACGGUUAGUCAGAAAAGGGUUGAUGAUGUCUGGAAGGAGCUGAUGAAGGAGGAUGACACUGGAGUUCCUCAGAGGCAACAAACUUUGGGAGAGAUGACUUUGGAGGAGUUUUUGCUUAAGGUUGGUGUGGUUAGGGAAGAACCUCAACAACAGGUGGAGAGGGUUGAUAAGUUCAAUGGUGGGUUCUUUGGAUUAGGCAGUGAUGCAGGUCUGAGUUCAGCUCCUAAUGGGUUUGGUCCUAACCAGCCUCAUGGAGCCAUGGUGAGACCGGAUCUCCUGACAACUCAAACUCAUCCGAUGCAGCUGCAGCAGCCACAACAACAGAUACAGAAGCAUGUUCCAAAACAGACUACUAUUGCAUUUUCCAACACUGUUGAUUUUAACAACCGUUCUCAACUUCCAACACAGUGUCAGGAAGUGAAGCCUUUAAUUCUUGGAGUUCAGGACAGGCCUAUGAACAACAAUCUACUUCAAGCUGUUGAUUUCAAAACAGGAGUUAAUGUUGCAGCAGUAUCUCCUGGAAGCAAGAUGUCACCUGAUCUAACUCCAAAGAGCAACAUGGAUGCAUCUCUGCCACCUGUUCCUUACAUAUUUGGCCGAGGAAGAAAAACAGGAGCAGUCUUAGAGAAAGUGAUUGAGAGGAGGCAGAAAAGGAUGAUUAAGAAUAGGGAAUCAGCUGCAAGAUCUCGAGCUCGCAAGCAAGCUUAUACGUGUGAGUUAGAGGCAGAAGUUGCGCAACUUAAAGAGAUGAAUGAAGAGUUGCAUAAGAAACAAGUGUGUCUCACUUCUUACUAUCUCCAGAUUUUUUCACUUUUGGAGCCAAUGCACCAGCCAUUGGGAUGCAAAAGGCAAUGCUUGCGAAGGACAUCGACAGGUCCUUGGUAG